AUGAGGUUCGGCUGCCCGAUAACUGGAUGGAGUUGGAGAAGACUUAAUUACACUUAUAGCGGUGAAUACCAUUCUGAUGUUUAUGAAGCGAUCGCGGUUUUAGAGCAGUUUUUUAUGGAGACCAGGCCUAGCGUGGCACUGGGGCUGGUGGUGAUUGUCGCAUUUGGCGGUUGCGUGGCGGGUGCGAUGGGAAAGCCUCCAGAUUGGCAAGACUUUGUUGGAAUCACAACAUUGCUGAUAAUCAACUCGACCAUCAGUUUCAUAGAGGAAAACAACGCAGGCAACGCUGCAGCCGCUUUAAUGGCAGGUCUUGCACCAAAAACAAAAGUCAUAAGGGACGGAAAAUGGGACGCACAAGACGCGGCCAUUUUAGUACCCGGAGAUGUAAUCAGUGUUAAAUUGGGAGAUAUUAUUCCAGCUGAUGCGCGCCUUCUAGAAGGCGAUCCGUUAAAGAUUGACCAAUCUGCAUUGACUGGUGAAUCAUUACCAGUGUCCAAGCAUCCAGGUGCCAGUGUGUAUUCGGUCUCGACAUGUAAACAAGGUGAAAUUGAUGCGGUUGUUAUAGCUACUGGGGUCCACACAUUCUUCAGGAAGGCUGCUCAUUUAGUCGAUAGUACAAACCAAGUCGGCCAUUUCCAAAAGGUGUUGACCUCCAUUGGAAACUUCUGCAUAUGCUCCAUGGCGAUCGGGCUCAUAUUCGAAAUAGUGGUGAUGUACCCGAUUCAGAAACGGACGUAUAGAAACGGAAUUGACAAUUUACUGGUUUUUCUCAUUGGAGGAAUCCCAAGUGCCAUGCCAACUGUUUUGUCAGUCACCAUGGCCAUCGGGUCCCACAAGUUGUCGGAACAAGGUGCAAUCACCAAGAGUAAUUAAUUUCUUGAAUUACCUGUUUGGAUUUGAGAUUCUUAGACAUAGCAUAUGCCAACUAAGGUAUAAGGUUCCUUUGUUUUUAACGUUUUCUAUUAGUUUUUUGGUUAUCAGUUUCUUUGAACGCGUUUGAAUUGUACAUCCAGAAUAGUCCUAAGAAGACAUGGUCCCAAGUUGGUACUUGACAUGCCCCCCUAAGAUUUGCUUUAUCUGGUAUCAAACGGGGUCUACGAGCAAAUAGGACACCUUUCAGAAAUAUCAAUACCGUCACAUGAAUUGUAAAUGCAUGAAUGUGAUGUACCAAAAAAUUCGCUGUUCCUGGGUAAAGAUUUCAUUUUGUUUUACAAGCUUCUUAAUAGUGGAUUUCUUAAGUACCCUUUCGGAUUUGAGAUCAUCUUUUGAUACCCAGUUUAGGUUAUGGAGAUCAGACUCAUUUCCACUAUUAGCAUCUGCCAAGUGGGGUUAAGAAUUCAUUUUGUUUUGUAAGCUUCAGAAUAAUGAAUUUCUUUAAAAGGUUCCUUUUUUUUUAAGUUUUCAAUUAGUUUUUUGGUUAUUAGUUUCUUUCAAUAGGUUUGUUUUCAUUAUUUUUCUUUGUCUAUUUUAUUUGUGAAUUUGUUACCAUCUUUUAUUUUAAUAAGGUAUAUACAUGGCUUGUA